CCACUCUCCUCGCCCCGCCCCGGGUCCGGCCGCUGAUUGGCUGAGGCCUUGUUCCGCGUGGGGCCCGCCGGGAGUAGAGCCCUGGCACGAGGGCCCGCGCGAGCUCCGCCCCCUCGCGGCGACCCCACGCCAACCGACCAGCCCAGCGUGCUGGCGGCGGUUUGCGUCGUUGGUCCCCGAGACUUAAGAUCGACUUCUGAAGAGCCGAAGGGGAACUGCAGCCAUGAAUGAAGAAAACAUGGAUGGAACAAAUGGAUGCAGCAAAGUUCGAACUGGUAUUCAGAAUGAAGCGGCACUGCUUGCAUUGAUGGAGAAGACUGGGUACAACAUGGUUCAAGAAAACGGACAAAGGAAAUUUGGGGGUCCUCCUCCGGGUUGGGAAGGUCCACCUCCACCAAGGGGGUGUGAGGUUUUUGUAGGAAAAAUACCUCGAGAUAUGUAUGAAGAUGAGUUAGUUCCUGUAUUUGAAAGAGCUGGGAAGAUAUAUGAAUUUCGACUUAUGAUGGAAUUUAGUGGUGAAAAUAGAGGUUAUGCUUUUGUGAUGUAUACUACGAAAGAAGAAGCCCAAUUGGCUAUUAGAAUUCUUAAUAAUUAUGAGAUUCGGCCUGGGAAGUUUAUUGGUGUCUGUGUGAGCUUGGAUAAUUGCAGAUUAUUUAUUGGAGCUAUUCCCAAGGAAAAGAAGAAAGAAGAAAUUUUGGAUGAAAUGAAGAAGGUUACAGAAGGAGUUGUAGAUGUCAUUGUUUAUCCAAGUGCAACUGAUAAGACCAAAAAUCGUGGUUUUGCUUUUGUUAAGUAUGAAUCUCACAGAGCCGCUGCUAUGGCUAGGAGAAAAUUAAUUCCAGGUACAUUCCAACUGUGGGGCCAUACCAUUCAAGUGGAUUGGGCUGAUCCAGAGAAAGAAGUUGAUGAGGAAACUAUGCAGAGAGUUAAAGUUCUCUUUGUAAGAAAUUUAAUGAUCUCAACUACAGAGGAAACAAUUAAAGCAGAAUUUAAUAAAUUCAAACCGGGUGCCGUUGAACGAGUAAAAAAACUUAGAGAUUAUGCUUUUGUUCACUUUUUCAACCGAGAAGAUGCAGUGGCUGCUAUGUCUGUGAUGAGUGGGAAAUGCAUCGAUGGAGCAAGUAUUGAGGUAACACUUGCAAAACCAGUGAAUAAAGAGAGCACCUGGAGGCAGCAUCUUAAUGGUCAGAUGAGCCCCAGUCCUGAAAACCUGAUUGUGUACGCUAACAAAGAAGACAGUCACCCCAAAAGUCUAGGCAAGCCACCAACUCUUCCUGCUCGUCUCAAUGGUCAGCACAGCCCAAGCCCCCCUGAAAUUGAGAGAUGCACUUACCCUUUCUUCCCUGGGACAAAGCUUACUCCCAUUAGUAUGUAUUCCUUGCAAUCCAGUCAUUUUAAUUCUGCAGUAAUGCACUUGGAUUAUUACUGCAACAAAAAUAAUUGGGCACCACCAGAGUAUUACUUGUAUUCAGCAACCAGUCAGGAUGGGAAAGUACUCCUGGUAUACAAAAUAGUUAUUCCUGCUAUUGCAAAUGGGUCCCAGAGUUACUUCAUGCCAGACAAACUCUGUACUACGAUUGAAGAUGCAAAGGAACUGGCAGCCCAGUUUACAUUGCUUCAUUUGGACAGGGAACACAGUCUCUUCAGCCUGGACCUGUGUAGAAGAAUUUGGAGAAAAUAAGCAGGUCCUUUCUGAUGUUGCUUGAGCUUAUUCUCCUGCAGUUGAUCUCAUUCCCGUUGGCUAAACAUAAGUUCCAUGACAGCACUAAGUUAAUGUGCCUGUGUUAGAGGCCUCAUUUAUGAUACCAGGACCGUACUGCAGAGAACAUAACUCUCUACUUGUCCGUUAAAUGACCUAAUUCCUCUCCUUUUGUUCCUAGAAACACCAUAACUUUACAUACCCAUUAUACAUUAUCAUAAUUUGACUAAAGAACAUAGUUGAGUUUUUGGAAAAUAUAAGAUUUACCAAUUUGGUCUUUAAUACACAUAUAAUUAUUAGUUAACGAAGCAGGAAAUUAUUGGUGUAUAUGAUGAAUGUGUACUGAGGAACAGUAUUUCAAAUAGAAUUAUUUUUAAAUUUGGUUUAAUUUUUGGAUAUUUUUCUAUACUAUAAGUUGAUAAUGGUUUCUUAAAGUUUAUUUUAUGAGGACAAUUCAUUUUAUUGUUGUACCAGUAGGACUAUUAAAUUGGUAUGUGGAGUUUUAUAAAUGUUCCUAUUAGCUUUAAAUAAUGAAAUAUUGGAAGUUAGUUUAUGCCAAAUGUUUCUAAAGUGCAGGGGUAAUAUUUCUGCUGUUUGAUAACUAAUACAGUUUUAAAAAAAGCAACUAUGAAUUGUUGUUUUUUUUUAUCUUUUCUUCAUGAAUUACCCCUUAUUGCUAGAACCAAAUUUAAAAGAAGCUUUUUUGUGGAGCGCAAGACAAAUCAGAGAUUUUCUAUGUUAAAAAAAAUCCAAGAAUGCAAUCUGUUAAGAUCUCUGAAGCAUUGUGUCAGUGAAGGAAAGCAUUAAAUUCUGACUUGGUAAAACUAUUAGGAUUUGCAUUGCAGUGACCUUGGAAGUAAUCUUUACCACUGAUAGGGUAUCAUCAGGAUCUUAAAUGUUAAACAUUAUGUUAAAAUGUGAUUAUAGUUUUAAUGCUUUGUCUCUUUGAAUUAAAUUUGUGUCCAUAAAGAUGUGCAGUGUAAUUGUUCAUGUAUUUAUUUACAGACUGCAGUUUCCGUCGCAGCUCAAUAAAUAGUCUUUCCCCUGUUAGUGCUACUACCCUCUCUUCUGGGAUUCCCAGCGUGCUUCCUUACACUUCAAGGCCUUACUCUUAUCCAAGCUAUCCCUUGUCACCAACAGUGUCACUUGUUAAUGGCAGCCAUGUGG